GUGUUUGAUUCGUCUCUCAGCCUCUAUGUCAGGAGAUACAGGAGUCCUCCAUGUGCUGGAGACAGAAUCAGAUCUGGACUGGAUUCUCAGCUCAGGACCACAUCCUCCGUACAUAGUGAUCAUGGAGACGGCCUUCUUCAACAGGUCGGUCAUGAUGAGGAUGAAGAGCUCGUCCAGAGUGGCUGGAGUCGCUGUGAUCGUCUCAAAAACAGGCCUUGCUGAUAAUUUCUCACCUCACACGACCUGCCCCAACCAGAACACAGGUGUGUGUGAGUGAGAGAG